GGAAUCUCACGAGCCACUUGAUUGGUUCACUAAUCUAUGGUGAACCCAAGGACACCUGAACACAACCCCAUUGAUAUCUACUACUCCUAUGAGAAUCGAGAGGUGAAAGAAUGGUGUCAGAAGACUGUCAGUAGUAAGUGUUGAAAAAGCGCACAUACUCCCCACGCAGUAGAAAACGGGAGGAGAGAGAGAGAGAGAGAGAGAGAGAGAGAGAGAGAGAGAAAUUCUUCACUUCAUCAGAUCAACAGUUCUACCCUGAGCCUGAUCCAUCUAACCCUAUUUGUGAAAUUGAGGCUUUCACGGUUGAAGACUAGCAUAAUGCACGAACCCUUUGCUCGAAUUCCUUUCGAAAGUAUUCCAGGAAGACAAGUGCUUGGAUAGGAUUGAAUGCCCAGUGAAUUUUAUGGAAGAUAGUCGUUAUUAGCAUCUGGUGAUACUCAUUUAAUAUGGCGUCUGCCAGCUUAGGGCAUGGAGGAAUUGGCAGUUCAAGGACUGUUAAUGGCUUCAAGGGGUCAUCUAGUUCAAUUGAUUGGCUGGGCAGAGAGAUGCUUGAAAUGAAAUUAAGGGACAAGGUAGACCAUGAUGAUGACAGAGAUAGUGAACCAGAUAUAAUUGAUGGUGUGGGUGCUGAAGCAGGACAUAUAAUAAGAACGACUAUUGGUGGUCGUAAUGGUCAAUCUAAGCAGGCCGUUAGUUACAUAGCAGAGCAUGUGGUUGGAACUGGUUCAUUUGGUGUUGUUGUCCAAGCAAAGUGCAGAGAAACAGGGGAGAUUGUUGCUAUCAAGAAGGUUCUCCAAGACAAGCGCUACAAGAAUAGGGAGUUACAGAUUAUGCAAAUGUUGGAUCAUCCUAAUGUUGUUGCCCUUAAGCAUUGUUUCUUCUCAACAACCGACAAGGAGGAGCUCUACCUCAAUCUUGUACUUGAAUUUGUUCCUGAAACUGUUAACCGUAUUGCAAGACAGUACAGCAGGGUCAACCAGCGAAUGCCCUUGUUAUAUGUCAAACUCUAUACCUACCAGAUAUGCAGAGCUCUUGCUUAUAUCCACAAUUGUAUUGGUCUUUGUCACCGUGAUAUCAAGCCCCAGAAUUUGCUUGUGAAUCCACACACGCAUCAGCUGAAACUCUGCGAUUUUGGAAGUGCAAAAGUUUUGGUGAAAGGAGAACCUAAUGUUUCUUACAUCUGUUCAAGAUACUACCGUGCUCCAGAACUCAUAUUUGGUGCAACCGAGUACACAACUGCUAUAGAUAUAUGGUCUACUGGUUGUGUAAUGGCUGAAUUACUUCUUGGCCAGCCUUUGUUUCCUGGAGAGAGUGGAGUUGAUCAAUUGGUUGAGAUUAUCAAGGUUUUGGGAACACCUACCAGGGAGGAGAUAAAAUGCAUGAACCCAAACUAUACUGAAUUUAAGUUCCCACAGAUAAAGCCUCAUCCAUGGCACAAGUUCUUUUUCGUGUUCCAGGUCUUCCAGAAACGUUUGCCUCCAGAAGCUGUCGACCUAGUGUGUAGGUUUUUCCAGUACUCCCCUAAUUUGCGAUGCACGGCUUUGGAAGCUUGUAUUCACCCUUUCUUUGAUGAGUUAAGAGACCCCAGCACUCGCCUUCCUAAUGGCCGCCCACUUCCUCCGCUCUUUAAUUUCAAACCCCAAGAGCUUUCUGCGAUUCCACCCGAUGUUGUCCACCGCCUAGUACCGGACCAUGCUCGAAAGCAGAAUUUGUUCAUGGCUCUGAGCUCAUAGUCGAUGUUCAGAAGUUUGUGUCUUUUUAAGUCACCUCUGCAGCAACUGUUUGAUCCCAUAUAAACAGAUGUAAAAUUCUUUGCCCUAUGUAUUUGUAGAUCAUUUGCCGUCUGAGUGACAGGUGCAGUUUCUUGGGAACUCGCUUGAGAUAUGGAACUUUCGAGGAUAUAGAAUUCUCAGGAGAAUUUGGGAGAGGUGAGAGGCAGCUUUGAGUCUGAUUUUCAUUUUUUUUUUUUUUUUAAAUCUUUUUGUUAUUUUGGUUUGAGUGCAAUGCAUCGUGUGCAUAGAUUAUAAGGACCUUUGUUGUAAGGGGAUGUAAUGAUAAAGGUUAAAUGCCGAACUAGCGUAUGAUACUGAUUUGUUUGUUUUUCUACUGCGAUAAACCAUUUUUCA